AUGAAGACUAUGAUUCUACUGUUUUGUCUUCUAGGAUCAACUCAGUCAUUACCGACGCAGCUCAACACAGCUUUGGGACCUCUUCCAGCAAAGCUUGUUCCGGAUCAGGCAACACUGCUAAACCAACAGCAGCCAGAUCAGGUCUUCCCUUCUUUGAGUCUAAUACCGCUGACCCAGCUGCUCACACCGGGGUCAGAUCUGCAACUGCUAAAUACUGCUACAGGGAUGGCACCUGGUGCCCAGACCCUCCCACUGAACUUGGGGGGGUUGGCUGUACAACAGCAGCUGCAAUCACAAUUGUUACCAAUUAUUAUAGCUCAGCUUGGAGCCCAGGGUGUUAUCCUAAGCUCAGAGGAAUUGGCAGUGGCCCCACAAAUCUUCGCAGGUCUCCUCAUCCAGCCCUUGUUCCCGGGAGCCAUCCUGCCUACCAGUCAGGCAGGGGCUACUCCAGAGGUCCAGGAGGGAAUCCUUCCUGCAGGACAAGCAGGAGUAAAUCCUGCCAUCCAGAGAACCCCAGAAGGUCACCUCCCUACUCCCAGUGGCACAGAUGAUAUGUAUGGAGUGACCACCCCUUCUGGCCUCCAAAGGGGCAUGCAUACCACUGAGGAAACCACCACAGAUUCACCAGAUGGUAAGUUCUCCGAGGCUGGAAAAUGCCCAGGUCCAUGA